ACACAACCUCUCAAUCGCUCAAAAUCUGUACUGGCUCAAUCCGGCCAUUCUCUUCCUCGAAUUCUAGCAGCUGCUCCUGGUCGACGAAGCGAAGAUGGCUUACACCAUCCACGUGAGAGUGAUUCAGAGCAAGCCUACUGCUUGGUACAGCAUCGUGGAGAAGACCGCAUGGCAUUUCGCCCUGGGCGCAACCUGGAGAGAAGUGGACGGCGAGCAGAUCCUGACCAUGGGCGACAGCGGCACUUCUGGUCUGCUGCGCUUCGAAAACCCCCAGGGCGACUUCUUCAUUGUCGCUGUGGGAGUACACGUGUACAAGAGAUGGUGCGACGUUGUUCCUGACCUGAAGUCUACAGAAACCGGCACGGCUAUCCACCCCACGUACUACCCCGUUGGAAAUGUACUUGGGUUUCGCUAUGAGAUCGUGCAGAAGCAGCUGGCGACCAUGGAGAAGAAAAACUCCAAGGGCGAGAGCAUCAAGGUUAACUACUACAAGGAGGACGGAAACAAUCUAUACGCCACAAUCACCAUCGUUUAAGCUUGGGGCUGCAAACAACGUCUGAUGCUGUUUAUGGUGUUUAGUCUGCCAUGACUCUCGCACUAGUGCAGGAGUGCCGAUUUACACCUAACGCAAAUUAGACUGCGUUCAGAAGUUCCAGAUUAGAGCUUGUGUUGGAAUCAAUCAGAUUUUGUAUUCCUUGUCAGUUGAUGUUUUGUUCAAACCAUACUUUUCGUAGCGACUAGCUGCUAACCAAGCGGUCAGUACAGAAUUAUGUAUGUGGUGUGAAGUUUUCUGCUGAGAAAAUGCAAGGAAUAAAUCGCGUUUCUUUGUUGGU